AUGGUUUUCACUCCUCCCGGCAGCUUCGUCAUCCGCUCUAGAGAAUUUGGCAACGGCCAAGAAUACGACUUGGAAUCCGACUCGAAUAUCAUGCCAGAUCACUACGUGAAGCGCUUGUGGAGGACGCGCGCUCUUCCUGGUCCUGAAGGUCGAACAGUCCAAUUCAUCAACAAGGACUCAGUAGACCGUGCUAUCCUAUACACCGUCACAGAACGUGGGAGUGCACUCCUCGUUAGGAACGGUUCCGUCACCAAGGGCGCAGAGGAAGUCGCUCGCGUCCUCUGGGAAUCCGGUCGGAAUGUGGAUAAGAGCAGAAUGUCCAUUGGUACCAAGUCUGGCAUGUUCAAGGAGAUGCUCAAAAAGGGCGGGUCAUUUGCAUCGGCAACACCGAGCCGUAUCUUCAUAGGCCCUGACUGGGUUGGAGUACAAAUGGAAAGUAGUCUUGGAGGGAUCAAAUCCGCCACAACAGCACGGUUCGUCCAACGGGACGGCGAAUACAACGACGAAACAUACCCUAUCUACAUUGCGGAACGUGGCCUGUGGAUGGAGUCAUGGAUUGUCGCCACCACAGCCAUCCUUGAAGGAUGGGAUAAGCUAAGGUCUUGA